AUGGCAAUCAACGGCGGCGACGUCGCGUUAAACCCUCCAAGGAGGACGCUUCCGCCACGGAGAAGACUGAUUUCCGCGCCGGCGGCACGAUGGUCGCCUCCAGAAGACCGCAAGUUCAACGGAAUCGGCCACGGAGGCCCUCUCGUCAGACGCGCCUCCGCAAAAACGCCGUCGCCUCCCAUAGCGAAGAUCAUCGGCGUCCGCAAGGCUCCUGUCAAAAAAACCUACGUUCUGGCCAAGGUUUUCAGGCUCUGAAACUCUGCUUCAACUUGGAAUGACGAAAAAAAAAUGCAUUGAAAUUAAUUUACAGUUUUUUGAUCACAAUUGUUCGUUUUUUCAGCAGCAACGACAUUCUCCGCCCAGCGAUGGAAGCGACCAAUUGCACCGGUUUGGCGACAGUCCAAGAAGUGGAUCUUAUCAAAAUGAGGUGUGUUUCAGAUUUUUUUUUUCUCCGUUUUUCAUUCUUGAAAAACUCGGCAUAGCAGGAAAUUUGUGAAUUUAUGCAUGUAACAGCUCAGUUUUUGAAAUUUAGCUUUGGUUUUUUGAUAGAAAUAGGAGUUACAAAACACAUCUCGAUUUUUUAAGAAUUUUCAUUUUGAAAAUCAAAAAGAUUUCAUUUCUGAUUCUUUUUUUUUCAUUUCAUACCUGAGGUGUCGUGCUGUCAUUUUACAAGCCGGACUUCAGAAGCUAAUUUGGAAAAUUGAGCUGAUUUCAUUCCUGAUACAAAAAAUUCUCCUUUUAUUUUUUCAAAGCAUGAACUUGUGAGAUGCUGGUGCGUGAUUUGAAAUUGUGCAUGUUUGGGGUUGUUUUCGACCGCAACUUUUUUUCCCAUCCUUUUAGCCUUAUUGAAUCCUGUGCGUGUCUGUCCCUUUGCUCCGGCUCGCUUCCAUUUCUUUGCACUUUUUGUUUUUCUCUGGUCUUCCCCAUCAUUUUGGAAAAAAAUCCUUCCUUUUCAAAAUUGUCUUUUGGGGCUUUGAAAAUCGUUUCAUUUUUGAUUUCUUUCUGAAGGAAAGCUUGUUCAAUCGAUUUUACAGCAACCACUACAAAAACGUUGAUAAUGGUUCUCAUACCUUCAGUUUCAUGGAUCAUUUUUUGGGCGUUCAGAAAAGUUUCACUUUUUUAAAGGAAAACUCUGAGAGAGAAAAUUGUGUUUCGUUAUUAGAUGGAACAUAUCCUUCAAUCAGUAUUUAUAGCAAAGGCUCGACAAAAAAAGUUUUGAUCAAUUUUCAUGGUUGUAAGGAAUACAAAAUAAAAAAAUUCAGCCUGCUGUCCAUAAAUCUUGAAAUUAUUUUGACGCAAAAACAUUCUCAAGAUUAAUAGUUUCUCAGUGGCAGAGUUGUUUUAGCGCGCAUUCCUUUUAUCAAAACAUCUAUCUUUGGUGUGUUCUGGGUCAUCAUGAUCCUCUCCCCACGCCCCAACUCGACGUCGCUCUGAUUUUUCUCUUGGAACAGGACUGAAAAUCGACAUUUUCUUCCUUCAUUUUUCUCCCCCUUUUUGGCGUUUUGUCACACGUCUCGAGUAUUAUCUAUCGAUUUGAUCUUUGCACAGAUAUUUGGCCGUCGUUUCCCCAAUUGGGUGUGAUUUGUUUUGAGAAAGUUCGUCUAGCGUCUGCAUUGGCUACUUUUUCUUGAAACAAAACUUUUCGAAUGAACUUUGGACAUUUUUACUUCAUUUUUUGUUCUCAUUAACUUAGAUUAAGGACAUAUCAUUCUUAAAUUGAACAGGGGCAGUUAUUCUGAGGAAAUUCUUUGUUUAACUUUUUUUGAAAAAAAUUUUUUUGAAGUCUUUUUUUACAAAAUAAGUGUCGGUGUUCGAAAAUCCAUUGUUGCCAGACUUUUGAAUCAAAUUCAGCCUUUUGUUUCUUAUUUUUUCUCCUUUUCUUGUCAAGUCGCAGCUGGAAGUGUCUCAUCUUCCAAGUUUCUUUGGUUUUCCUCUUUACGCAGUUCAAGUGCCGCGCCAGCUGUUAUUUGGGCUCAACUCGACGUCUCGAUGUGAAAAAUUUAAACCUCAUUUCUCUAUUUUGUCGGCUUUUUCUUCUCCCUUCAACCUUCUGGAUAUCAAUUAGGGGUUGGCUUUUUCGAAACGUUUGGUUUAAAUGGCGUCGAUUGCAUGGCUUUUUUUGUGGAAUGGAAUGCUUUUGUAGUUCUUUUCUGCUGAAUAACUGUUUUAGCACUCAUAAGAGUUACUUACUAAUUUUUUUAUAAAAAGGUUUUUUUGGCAUGGAGAAAAAUUUUUUUAAAUAAUUAACUUCAUGCUUUUUCUAGAACGCGAAGCACGUGAUUUUGAAGCACAGGACAGAAUCUAUUUUUCUAACAUAUUCCGUCCGGUACUGCAACUUGUGAAGCUUUUUAUUAGUUUAUAUUUUUCGAAUUUAUCGCUAAAUAGCUGAUUUCUGAGAAUGAAGCCGAUAGGGGAGAUAAGAGCAGGGAUCAACGGGAUUUUUAGUUACAGAUGCUCGACGACCUGAUCAUUGAUGAAAUUCUUUCGCUCGAAGACGAGCAACGGCGAAAUGGCCGCCCGGUCAGUCGUUUCGGCUUCUUUCCGCCUUCUUUUUGAGUUCUCUCAAUGGUUCUAACAUCAAAAACUGUCGUUUCUCUCACUUCAAUAGACAUUUCUUCCUUAUCGGAAGUUUUUAUGUCAAGUUCCGUCAAACAUUUUGUGCUAUCAAAGUGAAUAAAAGUAGGAAAAUCGCAAAUUCGCCCAGUCCUCAACGUUCUUGUGCAUCAGAUCGUGUAAGGUUUCUUUGUAUAAGUUGAGAAAUGGAGGAAGGAAAUAUCAUAUUUUUUUUUUCCAAGGAGUCAGAUGAGACUGAAUUAAUAAGACAAGUUUCGCAAUGUGGGUUGAUAGAGAAAGAAAGGAAAUUUUUUAUUCUUUAUUUUGUAGGAAGAACGAGCCAGACAGAAAUGAACAGUGUUAUCAAUUCUAAAAAGAAUAUAAGAUUAUUGCGUUAAUUUGAAAAGAAAAACCAGUUUUUACGACCUCUGUCCUCUGAUUUUCAGCCCUUAUUGGUUCAAAAAGCUCAUUGAAACUUCUUAUCUUCUUAUUGAUCUGAUGUUCAUCUUUUUCUUUCUUUGAGGUUCUUAGAACUCGACCUCAUUCAUAUAUUUUCCUUUUUCUCAAACUUUUUUUAAAAUUCUAUUCUUUCUGAUCAUGAAAAAAUUCUGAUUUUCUCUUUGCAGAUGUCGGUCGGCUUCUCCGACAACCAGCCGACUGGUCCGAUGUCCAUGGCCCGACCGAUUCCUGGUUCCUCUGGCGGAUCUGGUCACUCUGGAAGUCCUAUCACCAUUGGAAAUUCUCUCGGCAACAACUUCCGACAGGUUCGAUUUGAGUUCGUUCAUGGGAAAAAAUUCUUCUUUAAGGUGGUUUCAAGCUCUGCGCCAACGAGUUCCAUCGACAUCGAACAGAUGAUGUCCCAAGACGGAGAUGAUUAUUACAGAGACCGAAGGAAGAAAGAUAUUCACAACAUGAGUGAGUUCCACGAAUCUCUUCGAGAAACGCUCGAAAUCAACGACUUUUGGAAGAAAAGUUAAAUGAACGGUUUUCUCUAAAGAGCAGAUGUUUUUACUGACCUCUAAAUGGUCAGUGAAAACAUCUGCUCUUUCCUCAGUAACAAAUACAUUGUUAUGAAGAAGUUCCAAAAGUGAAGAAUGCGCUUUUUGGCAUGAAAUAGUAAGUCAAUCUACGUGUCUUAUUAUCACUCCGUUCUUGAAUAAAAAAAAUUCCAGUUGAAAUUUUUUCCUUAAUGUUCCCUUAAGGAGGGGCGAUAAUUUAUUUGCCCUCCGCUAGGUCGGAUAAAGAUAAUUUAAAAAAAGAAUUGAUUAAAAUUCCUCCAAAAAAAUCCUCCGAAAGAUGUAUUCUACAGUUGAACGACGACGACGCUACAACAUCAACGACCGGAUCAAGGAGCUGGGCCAGAUGUUGCCGAAGGCGUCGGCAGAGUAAGUGACCCCCGUAUCGUGACCGCCUCAUUAACCCGCAGUUCGAUAAACAGGGACAUGAAGUUGAACAAGGGGACGAUUCUGAAGGCGUCCUGCGACUACAUCCGACUCCUGCAGAAAGACCGCGAGACCAUGUUACGGCAACAGCAGCACACCAAGUCCCUCGAGAACACGGCCAAGCAGUACGCCGACCGCGUCAAGGAACUCGAGGACAUGCUUUCCCGCCAGGGCAUCCAAGUACGUUUCUCUUCUUGCUUAAAAUACAAAUCGAAAACUAAUUUCCCAAUAAAGAGCUGAUGACUUCAAAAAAAAUUUCAGUCAUGAAAUGUCUUUUUUUGAGCGCAAACCAUGUGAUGUUUGAAUUUUCAUCAACAUUGGUUUUUUUUAAAUUGUGCUUUCUUUAUUUUUGAAAAUGGUUUUUUGCUGUCAACCAGUUGAAUAUAUUUUUGGCGAAUUUGUGACGUAAAGACUCCUUUUUUGUACGAAAUCUCUUUAGGAAACUUGAAUUUCGUUACACGUAUUUGAAUGCCCGACGAGAAAUUUUUCCUUUCUGCUUAUAUCAAAAAAAUAUUUUUCAUACUAGGGUUUUUUUGAACAAAUCAUUUUCAUCAGAGCAUUAUUUGUUCCUCAACCGAAACUUUGUCGUCUUUUAUGGUCUUCUUUGAUUUUGUCGCUCAAAAAUUAUGAGAAAUACGAAAAAUAACUUGAUUUUUCAAUUGUAAAGAAAGAAUUGUGCAGAUUUUCCGAAUGAUGGUUUGAAAUAAACCUUUUGAAAAUCAUUUUUCCGCCAAAAUCUCGUGGGUUUCAGCUGCCACAAGCGCACUUGCCGCCGCUGCCCCGAAUGACGGACCGGCCGAUCAAGCAGGAGCUGGACGACCAGUCGCCGACCAACCAGACGCCCUCCGGCUCCUUUGUCAGUUCUUUUCUCGCUCCUUUCGUCGCCGAGUGCGUGACUCGCGUGUCGCCGUCGCAACCCGCUGAGGAUUUCCGAUUUCAGUCCUCGGGCUUUCUCUCGGAAGUGACCAACAACACGGCCGCCAUGCAGAUCACCUCGCCCCACGGUCCCAGAAGCUUCCUCAACUCGGCCGGCUCCGACAGCUACUUCUCCGUCGGCUCCAACAGCCCCCCUGAAUACAGUUCGUUUUCGGAUCCUUCAUUUUGAAACCAUAUUUCGAAAAUUUAUGUUAGCAGGCUAGAGAAUAAAAUAACUGGGAAAAUGGACUCACAAUACAUGAAGAUAGGGCUCCACUAAAAAUAACUUAAAUUUCUCCAUGUUUUUGUUGAAUGAAGAAAAACGGAUUUUAAUCUCAAACAGCGGAUAGAAAGAUAUUUCUAGUAGUAUUAAACUCUGCGUAGAAUUAUGAAUAAUAAUAAAAGAGUUUGGGAAAUAUUAAAGAAAAAAACUAAGGGUUGAAAAAUUAUUGGUUUCUAAAAUCUAAUAAUUGAAUUACUUCGGUAAAAUUGAUAAAAAAAUAGUAACUGAGUUCAAGUUUGAUCGACUAUGAAAAAAAGGCUGAUUUUUUUGCCAAGAUUUAUUAGAUAUUUUUCAGCUCAAAAUAACUGGAAAUUGCCGCAUCAAAACUUUCCCGAUCUGAUGAUGGAGGAUAUCAACACCAUGCAGGUAAGCAACUUCUAUAAAGAAUAUUGAAGAACAAUUGAAGUUGAAUGAUUUCUCAUUCUUUUUUUUGCUUUGAAACAUGGAAGACAAUUUCAAGUUGAAUUUAUUGGGUUGAUCGGUUUGAAAUGAACGGUAGUGAUGUAGUUUAUCUUGCUAUGAAAAAAUGAUAAAUUUAGAAAGAGUAUUCAUUAAUGGAGAGUAUGACCUUUGAACGACGUUCGUUCGGAAAUGUCUUCCUGGCUUGGGAAGGAAAUAUGAAUCGAUAAACCCAACGCUCAAUUCUAACCCGAUUCAUGGAGACGGACUAACGUGAAGUUGUUCCAGGGCACCCCUUUGCUCAACGGCGGAGACCCGCUGAUUUCGGCGGCCGGAGCUCAUCCUUCGCCGCACCUCGUCGCCAGCCAAAUGUCUCCGGACAUCCAGUGGGACGGCGCCGGAUUCAGUCCGGACGCCGGUCAGACCUCCUCCAACAUCCAUCAUCACAUGGAGUACUCUUAA